UUUUUUUAAGCCUUUGCAUGUUCAGAAGGGUGGAUUAAGUAUUCUCACAAAUGUGCUCUUGAUUGAACCUGUUUGCACUUUGUUGAUGUUCAUUCCAUGUCCGCUCUGGAAGCUCAAAGAGGAAUAACUUCUAAUUUUGGGUUCUCUUUUGGACUCCAGAGGAGCAGUUUUGCGGAAGUGAAGGGAGGGAAGUCCUUUGCCUGAUGCUUCCACCGUCCACUCAGACUUAUUGCUAUAUUAAGAUAAUUUGUCAUUGUGGUACAGGGACUCUGCCUUGCAGCAGCUCAGUGGUCUUGGUCUGGCUGAGAACUCCGAAUGCACCUUCUCUUUGGUCAUGGCUGCACACGUUAAUAGCAUUGAUUAAGUGAUACUUAGAAAUGGUUUUGCUGGAUAUCACUCAGCACUUUGUUAAAAUCCUCCCGAGGGAGAGUGUUCCUGCUGUCCGUGCGAAAGGACUGUGAGCCAACUCCUGAAAUCCUUACUCUCACAGCAUUAAGUUCAUUGGAAAUGUUGCCCGGGACAAAUUUAGAGGCACUGCAGAAGAAGCUGGAGGAGUUAGAAUUGGAUGAGCAGCAACGUAAACGUCUUGAAGCUUUCCUUACGCAGAAGCAAAAAGUUGGGGAGCUGAAGGAUGACGACUUCGAGAAAAUCAGUGAGCUGGGAGCAGGGAACGGCGGCGUGGUCUUCAAAGUCUCUCACAAACCUUCUGGCCUCAUUAUGGCAAGAAAGUUAAUUCACUUAGAGAUCAAGCCGGCUAUUCGAAACCAGAUCAUUCGUGAGCUACAAGUGCUACAUGAAUGUAACUCGCCAUAUAUAGUAGGCUUUUACGGGGCUUUUUACAGUGAUGGAGAGAUCAGCAUUUGCAUGGAACACAUGGAUGGUGGGUCCUUGGAUCAAGUCCUGAAAAAAGCUGGAAGAAUUCCAGAGCAGAUUUUGGGCAAAGUUAGCAUUGCUGUAAUCAAAGGUCUCACAUAUUUGAGAGAAAAGCAUAAGAUAAUGCACAGAGAUGUUAAACCAUCGAACAUUUUGGUAAACUCUAGAGGUGAAAUCAAGCUUUGUGAUUUUGGUGUCAGCGGACAGCUGAUAGAUUCAAUGGCAAACUCAUUUGUUGGGACGAGGUCCUACAUGUCUCCGGAGAGACUUCAAGGUACCCAUUAUUCAGUGCAGUCAGACAUCUGGAGCAUGGGAUUGUCACUGGUAGAAAUGGCCAUUGGCAGAUACCCCAUUCCCCCGCCUGAUUCCAAGGAGCUGGAGCUGAUGUUUGGCUGCCCUGUGGAGGGAGACUCUUCCGUUUCUGAGACUUCACCUAGACAAAGAACACCUGGCCGUCCAAUGAGCUCUUACGGACCAGACAGCAGGCCACCAAUGGCAAUCUUUGAACUUCUGGACUACAUCGUCAAUGAGCCACCUCCAAAAUUGCCCAAUGGUGUUUUCUCUCCUGAAUUUCAAGAUUUUGUGAACAAAUGCUUAAUAAAAAAUCCAGCAGAGAGAGCAGAUUUGAAGCAACUCAUGAUUCAUGUUUUCAUUAAAAGAUCUGAAGCCGAGGAAGUGGAUUUUGCAGGAUGGCUUUGUUCGACUAUAGGCCUCAACCAGCCUAGUACGCCUACACACGCGGCUGGAAUCUGAAUACUGAGAGCAAAUCUUGAAUAUCUGUUAAAACGAUGCUAUUCUGGUCUCAUUUCUCAAGCUUGUAUCUGUUCAGAUAUGUAUUUCACCUCUUAAGGAAGGAAGUCUGUUCUAGCAUGUGCCAAAUCAUGUUUGUUUUAAAUUUUUGUCCUAAAUUAA